AUGGAUAUGCGGAACGUCUCAAAAGACCGAUGCCAGCAGUCCACUAAAGGAAUGCCGUUCCGAGCGGUCUCGAAAUGGAACCAAACGGAUAAAUUACACCGGGUCGCUCGCCUCGAAGACUCCGAUGAACACGCACUAGAUCAGAAUCCAUCUUCAGCACCAUCACCACCACGAUUUUACUCACGCACAUCUUCAAACACCAAGACGGAGUCGUCCUCGGGCCCGAAGUCAAUCACCACUCAAUCCCAUCUAUCGCCAGAGCAGCAGAUUAGAGGAUUCUACAAUGCCAUUGUUCCGGUCAUGUCACUGGUCGCACAGACAAAACAGCUACGGAACGAAAAAAUAGCAUCGCUGGGCGAGAUUGAGGAUGAAUGGAUCAGCUCGACCAUCGCUGAUGCGGAAAAUGCUGCCGAUGAUUUGUCGGUCUUAUUGAAGCCUUUUUGGGUCAAGCAGUCUAAUUGCAACGGCUGGAAUCGUGACCACUACAACCAUGCCUCGAAGAAGGAAUCCUGGAUGCUUCUUUGUCAUAGCAGAGUGGAGACGGUUCUUGGCCACCUCCAUGCUUUGAAAGUGACCUCGGGGUCAGCAGUUCCGUCGGGUACUCCAGUGAUUUCGGAAAUUUCGAGUGAGACGCAAAUAGUUUCUGUCUUUGAGGUUCCCUCUACGCCUGCGACAGUCGAGAAAGCUGUGCCGAGAAUUAUCGUGACGCAAUGGGAUGGGGAGCAUGAUGCUCGGAUGGAUCAAAAAGAUGUAAGGACGGAAAAGAGACCCACGAAUGAUGACAUUAAAAUUCUAUAA